AUGGUUUCUUUUGCCUUUGUGCAUCCACUUUGCUCUUCUCAUGAUUCCCUUGCACUUUUACAGUUUAAGCAUUCACUUAGUGUGACACAGACAGUGUACUAUCGUGAAUCUUCUGUUCCUAAGACGGCGUCUUGGAACAGUAGUAGUAUGGAUUGUUGUAGGUGGAAGGGAGUUACCUGCGAUAUCUUCACAGGCCAUGUGAUUGGUUUGGACUUGAGUAAUAGCAUACUUGGAGGAACUAUCCAUCCCAAUAGUAGCCUUUUCCAGCUUCAUCAUCUCCAAACACUCGAUCUCUCCCGGAACAACUUUUCUGGUUCUCAUAUUCCACCGAAUAUUGGUCAGUUGGUUAGCUUAGUGCAUCUCAACCUUUCUUAUUGCGAGUUCGGAGGAAGGAUUCCGUUAGAAAUCUCUCACUUGUCUAAUUUGGUUUCCCUUGAUCUCUUUGUUGUUGGCUACGAUGUCCAGCUUAGUCGGGAAGGAUUCAACAUGCUCUUUCAUAACUUAACCAAGUUAGAGGUACUAUCUCUUUCUGAUGUAAACAUUUCAUCCAGUAUACCCAUGAAUAUAUCCUCUUCUUCUUUGAGAUAUCUAGAUCUUGAAUAUAAUAAGUUGCAAGGAGACUUGCCAAACAGCAUUUUCCUCCUACCCAACCUGGAAACUCUCAGAUUGUCAUACAAUACGCAUCUCACUGUUUCGAUGCCCAAGUUUAACUGGAGCAGCAGUCAUUCACUAAGGGAGUUGGAGCUCUCUUCGAUAAAUAUUUCCGGAGGGCUACCCACUUCACUUGGAACUCUCAAAGCCUUAAAACUUAUGAAACUUUCUGGGUGCAACCUCUUGGGACAUAUUCCAGAAUCCAUCAGGAAUCUUUCACAAAUCACCCAACUGGAUCUUUCAGACAACCAUUUGGACGGGGAAAUUCCUGAUGCUUUUUCCAACUUCCAAAAGCUUACAUCCUUAUCACUGGAGAACAACGCCUUUAUUGGCCCAUCCCCAGCUUCUCUUUUCAACUUGACAAAGCUUGAAUAUUUGAGUUUGAGAAACAAUCUUCUCAGUGGUCCACUUCCUCCUUUUACUGCUAUCAGGCUUCAAAAUCUAGAACGCCUAUAUUUGUCUCAAAACUCACUCAACGGCUCAAUCCCAUCUUGGAUGAAUAGUCUUCCUACAUUGAGUCAAUUAUCGCUUGGGAGGAAUCGUUUCAGUGGACCACUUCCUGAGUUUAAGACCAACUCUCUAGAAUGGCUUGAUUUAUCUGAAAAUCAACUUAAUGGCUCCAUACCUCAAUCACUUAGAGAUCUUGUGAACCUAAAUAUUCUCACUCUUGGACAUAAUAAUUUGAGUGGCAAGGUAGGAGCAGAAAUGUUUUCAAGCAUGAAAUACCUGGAAUAUCUUGAUCUUUCUCAUAGUGGUUUAUCAUGGAGUAGCAAUAGGGACGAUAUCAACAUCACUUUACCCCGUCUUAUGUAUUUAGGUUUAGGAUCUUGUCGUGUGAAAGAUUUCCCAGGUUUCGUGUUGAACUCCGAUUUUUUUGGGGCUUUGGAUCUCCCAGAGAAUGAAAUUCACGGGGAGUUCCCAAAAUGGUUUGGGGGUGUAAGUAAAUUGCAAAGCCUUAACCUCUCUCACAACUACCUUACAAGCUUAGACCAUCUACCUUGGGAGACAAUGGUGGUACUUGAUCUCCAAUCAAACUCACUCACUGGACCACUGCCCUCCUCCCUUUGCAGAUUAAGUAAACUUCAUCUUAUAAAUUUGUCUUACAAUAAUUUGAGUGCUGAAAUUCCCAAUUGUUUGUUUUCUUUUGUCCAGCUCACGGUCUUAGACUUACGAGCUAAUAACUUCUACGGACCCCUCCCAAACAAAUUCCCAGAGAAUAGUGUUCUAAUUCAUAUUAGUUUGAGCAAAAAUCAAUUGGAAGGUCCCAUCCCAACAUCGCUAGUCAACUGUACCCUCUUACAACUCCUCGAUUUGGGAAACAACAAAUUCCGUGAUACAUUUCCCACCUGGUUGGAGACGCUGGAUGCUUUGGAGAUUCUCAUAUUGAAAUCUAAUAGAUUUUAUGGACCCAUCUUUGCUUUCCAAAAAAAAUCGCCAUUUCCAAAUUUGAGGAUCUUUGAUCUCUCCGGUAAUUCGUUUACAGGAUCUUUACCUAUGGUGGUACUAAAAGGUUUCAAAGCUAUGAUGAAUAUGGAUGGACAUAAAUCAGAAUUGGGGUACAAUGUUGAGGUCAUUUUUAGUUUCUCAGCUGCUACUGCAUUGUAUGCGGAUUCGAUGACGUUAGUGAUCAAAAAUCAAGAGACUAAAUUCAACAAGAUCUUGAAGAUUUUCACAGCAAUCGAUUUGUCAAGGAACAAGUUUGAGGGAGAAAUCCCUAAAUUGAUUGGGAACUUGAAUUCACUUCCGCUGCUGAAUUUAUCUCACAACAACCUCACAGGGCACAUUCCUAUUGAAAUGAGGAACAUGAGCACUCUUGAAGCUUUGGACCUUUCAUAUAACCAGCUUACCGGAAAAAUUCCAGAGGAAUUGGCAAGUUUAACUUUCCUCGAGGUUCUAAAUCUGUCACACAAUCAUCUCGUUGGACCUAUUCCUCGUAGCAACCAGUUCAAUACGUUUCCAAAUGAUUCCUAUUUUGGAAACCCUGAUUUGUGUGGAUUCCCAUUAUCAAAUGAAUGUGGGAGGAAUAAGAGCGCAUUAUCAGUUGAACAAGAAGAAGAAGAGCCUGGUUUUCUUUGCGAAAUGACUUGGCAGUCUGUCCUAAUUGGUUAUGGUUGUGGCUUGACUUUUGGAUUUGCCAUACUCUAUAUCAUAUACCGCUUUCAAAGGCCAAGAUGGUUCAUAGACUUUCUUGAAACUAUCACUCAUGAAAUGAUAUACAUUGCAAAGAGGGGAGGUCGAAGGCGCAGGAACAAUCGCAGAAGAAGACAGUGA